AUGGGCGACCACCAUCGCCAGGACGCUUCGAGCGUCGACACAGAUUUCGAUAAGGCUGCUCUGGAGAAAACGCCCGUCGAUGCGCCCGAGCAAGCACCGGCAGAGACACCCUCCCCACCCGAUGAUGCGAAGAACGCAAUGGAGACCGCGACAGGCCCGGCUCUGGACCGCACACCGUCUCAAGCAGCCAAGAUGGGCAAAAAGAAGAUCGUCGUGGUGAUGACAGCGUUAUGUUUGGUCUUGUUCCUCGCCGCUCUCGAUAUGACAAUUAUCUCCACUGCCCUGCCGGUAAUUGCCUCACAAUUCAAUGCUUCCGAGAGCGGGUACUCAUGGAUCGCUUCAUCUUAUCUCUUGGCAAAUGCUGCUUGUAUUCCACUGUGGGGCAAACUCAGUGACAUCUGGGGCAGAAAGAAUAUCAUUUUGCUCGCCAAUGUUGCCUUUUUGGUUGGCAGUCUGAUCUGCGCCUUGGCCAAGAACAUGGCCAUGAUUGUGGCGGGUCGUGCUGUUCAAGGUGUUGGUGGCGGUGGUAUUAUUAUCCUUGCCAAUAUCAGUGUCACUGAUAUGUUCAGCGUGAGAGAUCGCCCCAUGUACUACGGUCUCUUUGGAGCCACUUGGGCUAUUGCAGGUGCACUGGGACCAGUGAUUGGUGGUGCCUUUUCUGGUAGUUCUGCGACCUGGAGGUGGUGUUUCUACAUCAACCUUCCUAUCGGUGGAAUUUCUCUCGUUAUCUUGACUUUCUUCCUUAAAAUCGAAUCGCCCAAGACCCCGUUGAUUGCAGGUCUGCGUACCAUUGACUGGGCAGGCACUUUCUUGAUCAUUGGUGGCACUCUCAUGUUCCUCUUCGGGCUGGAAUUCGGAGGCGUGAAGUACCCCUGGUCCUCGCCCACUGUCAUCUGCCUCAUUGUCUUUGGUGUGUUCGUUUGGGCAUUGGCAAUGUUCAGUGAAUGGAAAAUCGCCAAGUUCCCCAUCAUUCCUCCUCGUCUGUUCAACGAGUGGUACAACAUCCUCAUUCUCCUCGUCUGUUUCUGCCACGGCUUCGUCUUCAUUGCCGGUACCUACUAUCUGCCGCUCUACUUCCAAACCGUUCUUCUGGCCUCUCCCGUCAUGAGUGGUGUCUACGUCUUACCAAUGGUUCUAUCUCUUGCCCUUACAUCCGCGGCCACCGGUGUCACCAUGAAGAAGACAGGUCGCUUCCGCGAGUUGAUUGUGGGAGGCAUGUGCUUCAUGCUCCUCGGGUUCGGUCUAUUCAUCGACCUGAAGCCCUACGCCUCAUGGCCCCGUAUCAUCAUCUUCCAGCUAAUUGCCGGUCUCGGUAUUGGUCCCAACUUCCAAGCCCCUCUCGUCGCCUUCCAGGCCAACAUCCGCCCCUCCGACAUGGCCACAGCAACUGCCACAUUCGGAUUCAUCCGUCAGCUCUCCACCUCCAUCUCCGUUGUCCUUGGAACAGUCAUCUACCAAAACAUCAUGGGUCAACAAUCUCACCAACUCGUCGCCGCCGUCGGCCCCGAAACCGCCGCCUCCCUCUCUGCCUCCUUUGCUGGUGCUUCCAAAUCCCUCAUCGAGAGCCUCACCACAUCCCAGCGCCAGGUCGUACUCGGUGCCUACACCCACGCCCUGAGCCGCAUGUGGAUCUUCUAUACUGCCGUCGCUGGCGUCGGCUUUAUUCUUUCUCUCUUCAUUCGCCCUCGUGAGCUAAGUCGUCAACACACGUUCCAGAAGACUGGCCUCGCCGAGCAAGAGCGGGCCCGUCAAGAACGACUCGACGAAGAGCGCAAGGCUGAAUCGAAGCCUGAGAUUGAGGCCUAA